AUGUACGGCGUCGCCGAACUCAAAACCCUAGGUAACAAACUACUCUCAUCAGCCUCUAACAUCAACAACCUCCCCCUUCUUCUCACCUUCGUCUCACCUUCUUCUCCACCUCAACACGGCCUCGAAUCGCUUCUCUCUCUUCAUUCUUUCUUCCUCCCUCUCCUCCCUCAACUACCUUCCUCCUCUGCCACUGCCAACACCUCCUCCUCCGACAACGCCGAUGCCGACCAGUCUGAGUUCAUUUACCUCACUUGGCUCCGUUCGAAGUUCGAUGAGUUUCUUAAAUCUCUGAUAGAUGUUCUUGUAUCGGAUCAAUCUGAUGAAACUCUGAAGGAAGUUGUGUUGGAUACGUUGAUGGAGUUUGUGAAGGUUGCUAAUGGCGGCACCUUUCAUUCUUCGUUGUAUAACAGAAUUAUCAGUAGUAUUAUUCACUCUGCUAGUUCUGCUGAAUUUUUGAUUGAUUUACUAACAUCAAAGUAUUUCAAGUAUAUUGAUGUCAGUUAUUUUACAUUCAUAAGUCUAGAAAAGCUAGCUAGAAAUUUGCAGGGGAAAGAUGUUUCAGAUGAUAAAACUGCAAGUGUAGAUGGCAAUGAUGAAAGUCAAUUGAGCUCAAAGUUAGGAAAAUCUAUAGACACUGGAAAUCUCAAACGACACUCAAACAGAAGGAGGAAACACCGAAAAGAAAGAACAACCAAAUCUCAUUCUCCGUCGAACUUAACCCUUUGUCAUCUCACCUACGUCGUCGUCAUCCCUCUCUUCAUUUGUAUCCGCAAGGGUUCUCUGACUGGACUUGCUCCACUUGAAGCAAUGCUCUUUGAUAUUGAUGGAACUCUGUGUGAUUCUGACCCACUUCAUUAUCUUGCUUUCCGUGAGAUGCUCCAACAUAUUGGUUUCAAUGGAGGCAAUCCUAUAACAGAGGAAUUUUUUAUUGACACUGUUGCUGGCAAGCAUAAUAAUGACAUUGCCUUGGCUCUCUUUCCUGGUGAGCUGGAGAGAGGCUUAAAGUUUUUAGAUGAUAAGGAAGCCAUGUUUCGGAGAUUAGCAGUUGAGCAACUGAAGGCUUUAAAUGGCCUUGAUAAAGUGAGAAAAUGGAUUCAUGAUCAUUUCUUUCAAGCUGUUAUUAUUGGUGAUGAAUGUGAACAUCCCAAACCUCAUCCAGAGCCAUACUUGAAAGGCCUUGAAGCUCUAAAAGCAUCUAAAGAUCACACGUUUGUAUUUGAGGAUUUUGUUUCAGGAAUCAAAGCUGGUGUGGCUGCUGGGAUGCCUGUUAUCGGUUUAUCUACCCGAAACCCAGAGCAUUUGUUGAUGGGAGCAAAACCCACCUUUCUGAUUAUAGAUUAUGAUGAUCCAAAAUUGUGGGCAGCUCUCGAAGAACUUGACAAGAAACUUAAUGCCAAGGAAAUUCCAAUGAUGGUAGUGCUUUGGACUGUAAUAUCUUAUGUUGUGCCAGGCAAAGUUCCACCUACUGUUCCUAGAAGGUUGUUUUGUCCACUUCCUUGGGAUCCUGCAUCUUUCUACCAUUGGACAGUAAUGAAGGAUAUGGUAAAUGUACCAUUGCUGUAUAUCUACGGAGCAUUUAUUCCGGCAAUGAUGAUAGCAGGUUUAUACUUUUUUGAUCAUAGUGUAGCUUCCAAGAUGGCUCAACAGAAGGAGUUCAACCUUCAAAAACCAUCUGCAUACCACUAUGAUGUUUUUCUCCUUGGAAUAAUGACUUUGAUUUGCGGUCUUCUCGGUCUUCCUCCAUCAAAUGGAGUCCUUCCUCAGUCUCCUAUGCAUACAAAGAGUUUAGCAAUUCUUCGGAGGCAGAUGAUUCGAAAGAAGGUGGUGAAAGGUGCCAAGGAAUGCAUUAGGCACCAAGGGACGAACGCUGAAUUAUACGGAACGAUGCGCUCCGUUUUCAUAGAAAUGGAUGCAGUGCCCACGGCUAGAGAGUUGGAGAAUUUGAAGGAUGCUGUAAUGAAUACUAAUCCUGGUACAAAGGAAAAGUUUGAUCCUGUAAAACAUAUAGAUGCAGUUUUGGAAGGCACUCAUUCGUCGUUUGUGGAGUCAGUACCGUUCAAGACAAUAGCUGGAUUUAUAGCUUUACAGCUUCUAUACUUUUUUCUGUGCUAUGGUUUAACAUGGAUACCUAUUGGUGGAAUAUUGUUUACAGUACCUUUCUUCCUUCUCAUAAUGCUAAGAGAGAAACUGCUUCCAAGAUUAUUCAAGGCAAGCCAUCUUCAGGAGUUAGAUGCUUUUGUUAAACAUCGUCCGGCCAAAUAUUCUUUUUGUAUAAAACAAGAUGAUUGGGAUAAAUUUGUAGCCCCACAUAUGACUGCAAAGUUUCAGUUAGUGAUGAGAAUCGAGAAAGUAGCUGAGAGUCGACUACCUAGUGAUAAAGGUUCUUGCAACCCUGGAUCAUUUGGCAACAUUCCCGAGGUAAUUGGUUCUUGCAACCCUGGAUCAUUUGGCAACAUUCUAUGA